CGUGCAUUUGCGUGUUACAACUUACUAGUACUAAAUCCUAGUUCGGAAAGUUAAUCAAUGCGUGUGGCUCUACUUCGGCUAGGUUUUGGUUGAUAAUGUCAAAGCCAAAGUAUUAAACGGGUUGAGUGUGGUUAACAGAGAUAUUUUUCUUCAGAUGUUUGUUUUGCGAAAAAUCGGGGUAGCCUAGUAGGCCUACAUGUAUUUGCAAUGAAGCGUUGCCUGGCGCAUCGACAUGAAUGUGGAUUGGACUUCGAGGGUGACGUCGAUGUUAUGACAAAUGCCAAUUCGGUCAUUCAGCCGAAAGUACAAAAACAAGACGACGCAUCGAGUUCUCAUGACUGGUUUGCCAACAUCAACAUGCCUGCUAGACCAGCCUCGGGCACAGAUGAAGACAGAAAGAAAGGAACCAUCGCCGUUCAUUGGUUUCGCCAUGGUCUUCGUCUCCAUGACAACCCUAGCUUUAUCGAUGCCAUUAAUCUUGCCAGUGAGUUGUACCCUGUAUUCAUCUUUGAUGGCGAGGUUGCAGGGACCAAAGUGUGUGGUUUCAAUCGAUGGCGGUUUCUCUAUGAAGCCUUGGAAGACAUAGACAGAAGACUCAAAGAAGUUGGUGGGAGAUUGUAUACCUUCAAGGGAGAUCCUUGCACUAUUUUUGACCAACUGAUUGAGGAAUGGGGUGUGAAUUUGAUAACCUUUGAGCAGGAUCCUGAGCCUAUUUGGCAAGACCGUGAUAAUGCUGUCAAGCGACUCUGCAGUGAGCGUGGUAUCCAGUACAUCGAGAGGGUAUCCCAUACUCUGUGGGACCCUAAUGAAGUCACAGCUAGGAAUGGUGGCACUCCACCGGUUACCUACGCCAUGUUUCAAGAGGUAGUCUCCAUGAUUGGUCUUCCACAGCGACCUGAAAAGGAGCCAGACUUUAGCUUAGUCAACUUGCCAAUCUGUGACAACUUUGGUCAGUUUGCACUCCCUCGCUUUCAAGACAUAGGUCCAAAGAUGGAACAUCCUGAUCAAGAGCGACAGCUUUGGAUUGGAGGAGAGACAAGAGCUCUGGAACUGUUUGAAGUUCGAGUUCGCAAAGAAGCUGCUGCUUUCAAAGCUGGUUACUGCUUGCCUAACCAGUACAUGCCAGAGCUGUUAGGCCCACCCAUGAGCUUGAGUCCAUACUUGAGGUUUGGUUGUUUGUCUGUCAGGAAAUUCUACUGGCGAAUCCAUGACACAUACACAGAGCUGAACAACGCCAUCUCUCCAUCACACCUGACUGCACAACUCAUCUGGAGGGAGUAUUUCUAUACCAUGUCGGUUGGUAACAAGAACUUUGAUCGCAUGAAUGGGAACAACAUCUGUCUGAAAAUUGAUUGGAAUCAAGACAAGGAGAAGCUUGAGAAAUGGAUAGAGGGUGAAACAGGCUAUCCCUGGAUUGAUGCUUGCAUGAAACAGUUAAAGAUUGAAGGAUGGAUUCACCAAGUCGCCAGGCAUGCUGUGGCCUGCUUCCUGACCAGAGGAGAUCUGUGGAUUAGCUGGGAGGAAGGACUCAAGGUUUUCUAUCAGUAUCUCCUCGAUGCCGAUUGGAGCAUCUGUGCUGGGAAUUGGAUGUGGAUCUCCAGUUCUGCCUUUGAGAAGGUCUUGCAGUGUCCUAACUGUUUCUGCCCGGUACGUUACGGACGUCGCAUGGAUCCCAAUGGAGAGUAUGUCAGGAAAUUUUUGCCAGUAUUAGCCAACAUGCCAUUGAGAUAUCUCUUUGAGCCUUGGAAAGCUCCCUUAGCUGUCCAAGAGAAGGUUGGUUGUAUCAUUGGUAAGGACUACCCAAUGCCGAUUGUCGAACAUCGUUCAGCAGCAGCAAGCAACCGGGAAAAGAUGAACAAAACCGUCCAAAGCUUAGAGGAGAAAUUUGCUCACUGCACUCCAUCCAAUGAAACUGAAGUGCGAGAGUUCUCCUGGCUCCCAGAGACAAUCAGAGGGGUAGACAAAUGUACUGCAGAUGACCUGUGUGAGAUCUUGGGCAUUUAGGUGGACAUAGUUCAGAUGGACCAAGACACCGAGUCAGCACAGUCAUCAUCAGGAGGGCUUUGAUAAAAGGCUCUAAAUAUGUCCAGGAGUCUGUUCACAAGUUCAUUCUGAAGCUCUCUUAGUUUGAUGUCUUGAUACAUUUACAUGGUACAUGUACAUUUGAGUUGAAACUUAACCUGGUUAUGGGAAAUGAUCUUGGAACUUUCGCUCUUCCUAGGGAAUUUGUUUUCAUUUCAAGUGGGAAAGGCUCUCCUUAGAUUUUAACAUACAUAUAAGUGGGAAAAGAUUUUCACACAAGUGGAGAAAGUUUUUCAUGUCUUUCCACACAAACAUUUUCAUGCCUCUUCACCCAAGUCGGAAAUUAUUAAGAUUUAGAAAGUUCAGUAUUCCAGCACAUUUACUUCGACCCAAAAGGUUGUCUGCAAGGGUGAACUUAAAAGAAAUGAAAGAAGCUUUAUGUAAUAAUGACAAGCUUAACUGAUAGUUCCUUGUAAUUUCAGUGGCAUGGUGCUUUGUAAAAUGCUCAGCAUUGCUGCCACUGUUGGACAUUUCACUAUUAAUUAAUUCUUCAGAGAAGAUAAUAAUGUAUUCAAAGAAGUAAGGUUGGGGUGUAGCUGGGGGGUGCAACUGCCACCUUGUUUUGUCCAGUUUGUGGGAAGGUCACUUAGUCACGUGACCUUUCGUACAUGUAUGUAUCAAAUAUCAACAAAUAUGGCAUUCUCUGAGAAGAGCCUGGUGAUAGCACUGUAGUGAAGUCAGAGUUCUUACAUGUAUGUGACUGAUUCAAGACCGAUUGGUUUGAAGUCUAAUGGAGGCCUUGGACAAACCUACAGUAUGUGUAAACUGUUUCACUUUUCUCUAUACAAGACAUGUGUUUACAGUAUUCCCAUUGAUGGUAAGUUAACAAUUUUUGAUUACUGUGGCCCAUGCUGGAGAUGGAACUGCAAGGACAUUUUUGUAUGUAUAAAGAAUGCUUUUAUGCCAUAAUUUAUCGUAGAUUUAACAUCUUUAACAAAUUGUAUUAAAUAUUGUUUAUCGGUACAUUUACAUAAUAUACAUGUAUGUGUCUAUAUUCUAUGUUUAUGCACGAGGGUAAUUUACAUGUACAUAAUCAUACCCAUUGGAAAGCAUGCACUUUAUUUUUAAGGUAUAUUGGAAAAAGAAUUGAAACCAUCAACUCUAUUGGUUUCUGUCAAUGUUGAUUUGUUACAAAAUUGGCAGAGUGCUGUUAACUUUUGUGCAUGCAUAUUAAAAAAAAAAUUAAACGGCCGGUCUGUCUUCAGUUGUUUUAGUUUUGAAGAAAGCUACAACUAGAGCUGUGUUGAAGCUUUCAUUACUUCCUAUUCCAAUGAUACCGCACAUCACAGUCUGAUUGCUACCUCUCUGCUAGGAUUAUAGAUCACAGUACAUGUACACGCACAACCAAUCAGAUUUAAUGCUGGAAGGUCAUUGCCUGUCUGCAGUGUAAAGCCAUUAGGUUGUCAGUCUUGCACUGUUGGCCACAAUAAGCCUUUUGCAAGUUAACCCUAGCAGUCCUCAAUCCUCCAACAGGUGAAGGAUUGAGGGCUGUCAGGG